AUGGAAAAGGCAAUCUACACAGCUUCGGUGAUCGUAAUCCUCCUUAUUUACGUUAUCUUUGGGGUCAAGGACUUCGCCUACAGCAUCGAAUCUCUUGCUUCCUUCUUCCUGGUCUUUCUUAUUUAUGGGUUUUGCGCAGUCCUUUGGGCCUAUGUGCUACAACGUCGCUUUGAAGUACCAGCGCUAUCGUUUGUGUUGAUCUCAAUAGGGACAUUUUUCGUAGGUAUCGUAGCCUCACUAACGGUUAUGGUGAUCGAGCAGCUCAUGCAAAAGGAUCCAACACUGGUCACUCCGCACACUGUCUGCUCGAUGGUCUUUUUGAUAUUCCCCCAGUACAAUCUAGGAAUGGCCAUAUUUCGUGGCAGCUUUGUGUUUCAACUCAUUCAAAUAGGAGAAAAUUACCUAAGUGAGUUCAUUCUACUUAUAACCACCUUCUUUUUGCUUACUAAGUAGAU